ACGCAAACUCCGCAAAGGAUCAUGGGAGUGGGUGAAUGGCGGUAGAGAACUGUGAUGCAACUUUAACUACUUUAGCAUCGAAAGCUACAAGUUUCCACCUCUGAGAUGAAAGUGUACAUCUUUGAAUUGUGUCCGGGAAAAGAUGUUCUGUAAAAGGCAACUCUUGGAGCUCUCGGUCGUUUUUCUGCUCUACCGUCAUCUGGAUGCCUGUAAGCUCGAGGAGCUGUCGAUAGAAGCUGUCGUAAACAGUACCCCCUGCAGCGUUACUUGUGGAGUGGGGAUUCAGACCAAAACUCUGUGUUUUCUCAAGAAUGGAACGAUAACUUCAGAACAAGGGUGCCGCUUGAAGAAGAUGGUGUGUCUGCAGUCGGCCAAGUGUGGAAUAAGCACAGUAACAGUCACUGUUGGCGAGAGAGUGCACAUCGACUGCAUUGGAGAGGUCCGGGAGUUAAUGGAGGACCUGUCCUUGAGGGUUGAAUGGCGUCAUGCCCGUGGGCUGAUCUCCAUCGACGAUUCACUCUUUGCUCACUGGAAUGCUUCUCAAAAGGACCGACUGAUUCUCGACCCUGUCAGAGAAGCGGACGCUGGUACGUAUCGCUGUCUGGUGCUCAACAGUGAAAGCCGGAGGGUGAAGAGGAUGUACUGGGGAGUCCGAGUUGUCCCCAAAGGUUUCAUCAAUCUUGACUACAAGAGUGCCGUCGCUCAAUGGGAAAGUGGCUCAUUACCAGACAGCCCUGGCCACACAAUGACAACACUGCACCAGGUGAUGAGCGCCUGUGGCAUUGCAGCAGCGCUGACCAUGCUGAUCAGUCUGGUCUUCUACAGCAUCCAGCGAUGUUGGGACAUCAUCCAACAAAGAUGGUCAACCCAUUCCCCAGCACAAAGCUCAUUUCAGCCUGCCAGCUUAUCGAGGGCUAUAAAUUCUCAUCACCUCCGGUUUAACGCCUGGCUGCUGGGAAUCGUUCCGGCAGUAAAGAAUCAGUCUGUGAAGUCAUUGGCAAGGCAGCCGCCAUACCGCGGAGGUUUGAGGUGGCGAUCCAAAUCCGGCAUGAGCCGUGUGGCGAUGGUGAGGCAGAUUACGCCUCGAGACUUCUGGGAACCUGAAACUAGAUUUCUAUCCAAGUGGCAGUCUGCAUGAGCUGGAUAAGUGUGGUGGAAUUCUCUGCAGAACCGGCGGUUGAUAGCAUCGACGGGGAAAGGCGCAGAUUGAGCCAUCGCUCACUGACAUGUCAUCGAUAAAGAAGCUGAAGUAAUUAAAGUUCGAAUGAGAAGACAGCAAGCCUGACGUGUGUGGCCGGAAUGAACAUGACCGAAUGAAAACUGGGCAAAAUAAAUGUUAAAUAUAAAAGUGAUUCAUCACUCUUCUGAACCGGGUGAUGAUCAAGAACCAAAGAAGAACAUAACAUCAACACUAGAUCAGUAUUGCUCAAGCAGCGUGCCGUGAUAAACCAUCCAGUUUCACUCCAUUGGAGUUUCAUAAAACACAAAUAAAGCAGAUUCUGUUGUCGCCAUGGGAAAAGGGAUUUUCUACAAUUUCGAUAAGCACAAUUGCACUUUGGACAAUGGUUCAAUUCAUGGUGAGCCUUGGGAUUAUUCUCGCUCAAAAAAAACACGGCAAUAGAUCACAGAAAAUGGCGGCGGGGAAAAAAAUAAAUGAAACUAAGCAUAUUAAAACGGUCAAUGAGAAAGUUAAAUAUUAUACAGAGUCAAGAGUUUGAAGUCUUCAGUCACAAAUAUAAACAAAAAAAUACAUAUAUCUCCGCUCUGUGCAGCCCUGAGCUUCACAGAUGAAGGCCACAUUAGCUAAAAGAGGCUUCUCCAUACCUUUAUGAGGCUACACUGCAGAUUUGGGAACAUAUGUUGCCAUGAACAAAUGUUGCACCUGUAGAUUAGCAGCAUUCUGCACCUUCAGCACCUUCAGCAGAGACACGAGUAGCUCACGGCAGCUUACCAAGCGGGACACAAUGUCGAAGCCUCGACUCAAUGCGUUCUGUGUUCUUAAUUUGUCAUAGUAAACGUUGAAUGUUGGGCCUCACAGGAAGCUGGGCUUCAUCGACCUGUCCUGUUUAAUGAAGCGUCUCAUACCAAUGUCUCACGCUGAACCAAUUACAGUUGAAUGAAAGCAGACUCCACACUUGCCUGGAUGCUCUUGUACGUCCAAGCCAACGUCAUCUGUGACAAAGGGCCACAUUCACAACCAUAUAUCCUGCCAUUGUAUUUCUCCCUCGUCCUGUGAUAUGCGCUCCUUGUUCCAGUCCUAUUCACCCUUUAGGCUUCAGCUUCUCAGUCAAUGAAAUAUGCAAAUCUGACAUGACUCUUUCAACGGCAUUAGUUUGAAAAUGGCUGGAGAUGAAAUCAUGAGUGACCCAAAGUCUGUGGUCUAAUAUGUGUAUUAUAACCUCAUCAGGCGGCGACCAGAGAGAAUAAGAUGACUUUUAUAGAUGUAUUUCUGAUCCACUGGGGAUUUCCGUCAUCAUCAUCAUCAUCAUCUUUUCAAACUGGAUUUCCUCCAGAACGCUGAGAGAGAUGCCCACAAACGUUGCUCAGACUAAAGUGUCUGCCACCUGUUUGUGUAAAGCAGUAACUACAUCAAGCUCCAUAUUUGCAGCUGGGCUUGUCUAAAUGCCGCAGUCCUCCGGCCAUAUUGGGGGAGGAAUUUUUUAUUUUAUGAUUACUAUUAUAAUGUUUUUGACUGCACGUUUUCCAGAGCACUUUCCUAGAUGGUGGGAUCCCCACUGACCAUGGCAAUAAAGCUGAUUCGGAUUCUGAUUCAAUAUGAAGACGGCUCAAAAUGAGGCAUGACAAUCGUCACAGUCCAGCUGGGCGGGGGGGGUUGUGCAACUGCUGUUGUUGAGGAGCAGUUGGUUGGCAGAACUGAGAGCCCCAUUAGGAAAUUAGAGAUGAGACUGAGAUGGCAGGAAGCACACGAUGAUUACCCGGAUGAAAAACCCGAUUAUCUGUAUCUCCACUUUUAUAAUUAGUCUGCAUUCACUCUGUUGUCUGAAGCUCUGCUGUGAUCCACUGCCGGGUGGCAGGGAGAAGGAACCCCAUACAUUAUUCACCUACGUUGGGAGCCAUUUUAAAAGCUGCAGCCCUCAGACGAAAACAUUUGACUCAAGUAAAAAACAGUCGGCGUUCUGGAAUAGCCAGCAACACUUUCUCCUGGAGGGAAAAAUUGAUUUUUCUUUGUUGGAAAAUCACAACAGAUCAUUUUUACUGCGCCCUUAAACCCCUCUCCAAAGGUGAGUGUUUGGCUGGAGGAGCCACAGACAGCAGGUGACACACACACCAGCAGGUGAGCCUCAGGUGGAGGAGGCUGAAUAGAGCAGCAUAAUUCCAUGAUACAACAAUGGCCAACACAUAUAGACGGCAGGCUCCUCUGCGCCCCACCUGCUCCUCCACACGGCAAAUACAGCUUCCUGAGAGAUGUGACCAUGAAGUAGAUCCUUUUAGAACGGAGUGGUGGGCCGGAGACAAGUCAGUCAAACGUGAAGGUCAGCCACAGUCAGCGGCCUCUUCUGUCAACUCAACACUGGUCUGCAUGAGAAGCCCGAGCGCACAGGGAGCCACUUCUCAGAAGGCAAUUCAGUGCCAUGAACUGUUCCAUGUUAUACUCUCCUCAUUCUUCUGAGUCACACAGACUUCUAUUGAUCUCAUGGUGUGGUGCCAUUUCAUCACAUCACUCUUUCCUCUCAUCUCAGCUGUUGAGUUUCCAACUAUUCAAUGUAUUGAUGUUCAAAGCAUAUCUGUGAAAUGCCACUGUUGAUAUCAAAGGAGAAACACAGAGCAAAGAGGAAGGGUAAAACUAAGUGAUAGAUGGUGGUCCGGAGAUUGACCCCGGGAUUGUUGCUGCUAACCAAAUGAAGAGGUCAGUCAGGAACGCAGGCUCAUUAGGCUCUGGUAGAAUGGAACCGAGUUCCAGGCAGUGAGGAAAUGAAAUGAGGAUUAACUGGAAAUACGCGCACUCUACAUUUGACUUUUUGAAUGUUGAAAGGGUCACAGAGAAGCGGAGGAGGGACGGGCACUUUUAUGGUUUGCUGCUCUGAUAUUUGAUCCUAGUUGGAGUGUCAAGGGGCUUGACGCAAGGGACACCCUGGAGAGGUCAACACCAAAAUCAGCUGGAGAACUUGCCGUUGACCUCACACCGAUGUCCCAUUUUUUUCAGUCCUCACUCUCAGCACUUGGGGUCAGCAUGCACAUCUGAGAGCGACUAAUUCUACGGCACCGACACCACCUCAGCACUUUGUUUGUCGGACCGUCGUAAACCUCAGCUUCAUCUUUUGUUGGGUUGUUUUCUUGCUUUGACUUGCUUGUUAUUUUGUUAUUGUUAUGAAGUGGGUUCGACCAAAAUUUCACAGCUGCAAGACAGAAUCCUGAGCUCCAAGGAGGCUCAAGUCCCGGGCCAAAUCCUAGGUCAGUUGUGUUCACAUCUCACAUUGUUGAGCCAAACAAACUUCGUCCUGAGACAGAACCUGUAGUGUUAAAGCCCCGUGGUGUGGCCAACUAGGCUGCAGCAGCGGCUUUGAUGUGCCACUGGGAGGAUCAGUGCACUUCCUGCCAAUGCGGAGGCAGAUGUCCCGGCCUCGAGAGAACUGAUGCCCUGACUAGUUUCACACAUCCCUCAGUGCAGUGCUCCACAUCUGUAUGAAUGAAUGAAUCUCUCCUCACAACAAACCCUGGGCCGGCUCAUCUCGGAGUGUAUACACAGUCGGACAGUGAGCCACCUCUGAAUAUUCUCUGAACCGUUCUAUUCCAUUCUAUUCUUGAUGCUUGUGUGUUUUUGCGACGCCGAUGUCAUUAAAUCGGCAUCUCAGUAGCCGAUAUAAUAUUAGGUUUGGUGCGCCGAAAGUGAACAGCAGAAGCAGGGCUUGUUUCAAAGGAACUUUAUUGAUGUCAGUAGCUUGUGUCUGAAGACCAACACUUCAAAAAUAGAUAUGAUUGGCAGGAGCUCGGCUGGGACUAAAAAAAUAUCUCGGCUUCAGUGCUUAUGGGACCUGGGAAGUAGUCUAUCCAAUGUUUGUGCUGUCCAAAGUCAACAUCGAGUUCGAGAAAUGUUUGUGUUUACAAGUGUGAAUUCAUAUUUGACAGGCGUGUGGAAUAAGCACAACUCAAGCACACAACAAAACAACCUUGGAAAUCAUUCACUUGUCAUUCGCGUCCUAGAUCUUCCGAGGUUGACGCUGGCUGUGUUCAAUUCUGGUUCAUAUUUAUACAUAUAUAGACAAAACUUAUUUGAUCGCGUGAAACCCUCAUCCACACUCCAUUUUAUAAAUGACUUAGAUCAUCGAACUGAGCGGAUGCACUGGAGCAAAAUACCCGUUUUCAGUGGCAAUAAACUACAUAUAAAAGGGAGAGUGAGUUGCAUAGAUCUAAAGGAAACACCAAGGUGGUAGUGGAAAUGGAUGAGGACAAUAGUGGCAAGAGGGAGCGGAAGGAGUCGACGCAAGCCGGAGCUGACAAAGUUGGCAACACAGAUGCUGACCACAGGAACGUGGGGCAGUGUUGGAGCACAGCACCACCUCAGUCACUAGGAAGUAUGAACGCGAUUAACAAGCUGAAAACUGAGGUGCACUAGAACCGAAAGAUCAAGUCAGAUGCUAAAAACGGAGCAUCAGGCGCUGAGAACCAAACUACUAGAGGAAAGACGGACGGUGGAAACAGAUCACUGAAAACCAAAUAUCUGGCCUCUUUAAACAACAAAAUCACCAACAGCUCAAGCGAGUAAGUUUAGGUAAGUUUGACAGGGAAAAAAGCUGCACCGUCAUCUUUACUAUUCUCUCGGUGUUGCAGAUGCUAGCGCCUCUCGCCGGAUCUUUCCUCUUCGGGUGAACGACGGAGUUCGACUCCUGAAGUUCUGUGACAGGUGUUUCUCGACUUCCCUUUGCGAGUGAAUGCUUGACAGUAUGGGGUGUAUUAGCGCUUUGCUUGGCACUCUGAGUCCGUUCUUGUCAGCACAACCUGCCUCCUCAACAACCUGAUCACGUACUGCACACAAUGGGCCUUUUGCUGUCCUUUCAAUCCCAUCCGCCCCAUACGCGCAGGCAAAUCAAAUCAAAGCCGUUUGUCUCCCAUAACCAUGUGCUGUGGAUGUGCUUCAGUACAUGACUCCGCCUCGAGUGAAUGCUGCAGUACUUUGCAUUCAUCGACACGAGUCUUUUCCAGCCAUCCGAGUGGCUGUCAGCUUUGUUUCAUCCCCACCAAUAAAGGAGAUGCUGCUUCAUCGUGCAUCGUCAGUCAGUGGGAUUGACCACGUCCUGUAUCAUUUCCUCCGCCACAACUGACCCAGCGGAACGUUCGCUUUUGCAUGGUUCUUGAGUGAAGACAAACACCCGCAGCCAGUUUUGGAAAAAACAGAGCGACAACGAUCAGAAAAACCAACCGCUGCGCCAACAUUAUGAUCAUUAAUUUCACUCCGUCCAUUAGCGGUUAUUUCCAUUUGAUGAAGCAGCACAUCAAAAACAACAAAAUUGAGGUGUGUGUUUCCAAAAGAAGCCCGUAAUUCACUUCAAAGCUGGCUGACUGACAACGAACAAAGACAAGAAACUUAUCGCAUCAGGGAGCAGUUAGUGAAACAAUAUCCCCCCCGUUGAGCCAUUUCAAAAGACAAAUGACGCCUAAAAAUGCGCUACAGAAAUGACAAUGAUAAUUAUAUCAGAAAACUUUGACUAGACUGCAAACAAGUUCGAAAGGUUACAAAAUAUGGGCUGCAUUUUGUAACACUGACUGAGAAAGUUGGAAUGGAUGCAAAGUGUGCUGCCGUAUUAAUGUAUUCGAUAUCAAAGGUCUUGUGCAGUGGCGUCACUUGGGUGUUUGGAGUGAGCCGAUCCAAAUCCCUGCAUCUCACAAGGGUUUUCAGUGAGAGUCACUCAUCCUCCUCCCUCCAUGUGUGCUAUUGUGAAUGGCAUCUACAUGUUUAUUAUCUACUAAUAACACUGAAUUAGAUGAAGAAAAAUAGUACGGAGUGCAGCUCCAGCAUCAACCCAAGUGAAUAGCACUCUCCGUCUACACGUCCCUUUAAAAGGACAUUACGGAACAAUCAUGAUGGAAGGUGACUGCAGGAAAGACAGCAUCUUGACAGCCGCAUCAGUGACUUCAGAAAUGUCAUACGCUAAGGACUGGUCACUUCUCCAGAAGCAGAACUAACCCCCGAUGAUCAAUUUAUCGGUGGUGCCAUGACAGGCCGCCUCAGCGAGACAGUCUCCUCAACCUUAGCCUCGCAGCCCCCCGAGUCACACCUCUUCUCUUGAACACAUCCAUGAAGCUCAGUGGCCGUGCUGAUGGUCUUAUUUCAGCCACAUCUCCAAAUCUCCACGUGGACAGGCCGUACGUCAGUUCCGACACUAAUGAGAGUCAGAAAAGUGUAAGCUGACAUUCUCACUGGUUCCAAGAAUUGAGGGCUGAGAAUGUCAGGUACAAAUGACUCACUUCUAGCCUGGACCUCCAAUCCACUCCGAGAGCUCAGAAUAAUGCAAUCACUCGCUUUGUUGUUCUCACAACAGUCACUUUCACUUGUGGUUUCCCAAUUCUAGCGCUGCCAUGGGCCGAAAUAAUAGCUUUCAUGCUGAGGAUCGCUCAAUGAACUUAGGCUAGUUUCGCAAUGAGCAGUUCCAACGAGCCAAUAGGAAGAGAUUGGCAGCAGGAUUAAAAAGCCUAAAUAAAAACAACCAAAAGUACUCUACAUCAAAAUCCUUUUCAUCCAUACAGCGACUACAAAGACUAUAUUCUUCCGAUGCGCUUGCAUGCCAGAUGCCAUGGAUGAAAUGGGAUGCAGUUACCCGGGGAGAUACGGACAUACAGUAUAUAUAUAUAAACAAUCAAAACUGGCAGAAUUUCACGUCUCCCACGAUCAAAUCAAACCUUGAGAAGUUGGUACUCGGCUGGUUGGGCUUCCAGUGACUUGCAGCUUUCGGAUUGAAGGAUCUCAGUGAUGACAAUAGCUUUAUAACUUUUAAAAUACAUGCAAAAGCCACAUGACCAAUGACAUAAAGGAGCUUUACCUCCUGUGAACUGAUACUCACGGCUGCAGUGUGAGGCUCUCCUGCUCAUUCAGGACUGUUGGUCAGUCGCUCUCACUUACUCUGCAGUGAAGGAGCAUCUGAAUGACCACAUUACGGUGCAUUUGGGGGGUUAUCGAUUGUCCACAGGAUCUAAUUAUCGUACAAAUUUUAUUCGAAACCCGUUCCUUCAUUUGUUGACGUUUUCGUGUUGCUUCGACAGCAACAUCAGGAAGUUGCAUACAUUACGGCAGCAUUUUACAACCGGGGGGCAGCGACACACUAGUACGCCGUGAGAGAGUGUCAGGUGUCGGGCGGGAAAAUGAUCCAGUGUCACCUCAUGUGUCCGGAGACAGAGGCGGGCCAUAUGAUGCCAUGAAAUCAUGACAGUUAGAAGGUGUUGAGGAGCAACCAAGGAGAGGAGAUGAUCCCAUGGAUUCUUUCUCUCCACUCUACUGUAGAGCUCCAGUGUGUUGAUGCGCUGAUCCGUCCCUCAGUCAAAGCAGCGCUGCUGUCGUGCGCGGUGCUCCUCUUCCCACACACUCACAUGGUCAACUUCCAGCUGUUCUUAAAGCUGAUGCGCCUCUAACUGGACCACACACUUUCACCACAGAACCAUGGAGGGAGGGAGGGAGGGAGGGAUCCUUGUGGGAGCCGCCACCAGGCCAAAGACUGUCUGCACUGCAGAGCUAACAGAGCUAAGGGCUUUUGCUCUGUGCUUUAAAAGUUGGCUUUGAAAAACUAAAAUAAAUGCGCUCCAAAAUGUGAAGAGAGAAGGAAUUAUUGUUGUGAUGAAGCAAGUUCAGGCAAAGACGCUAAGGAUUUGUCUGGAAACUCCAAUCACAUCAUGCAAAAGAGAAGUGAUCCCAUCCAAACAAUUAUUUAUACACAAAAUACAUCAAUAAAUCAUGACAUAUUUUGCCAUAUUAGAAACAAAUACAUUUACUGCAAUGAAUUCCUGUAAACAGCCUGGCAACAUAACAAGCCAGUGUCAGUAGCUACAGUGUUUCACCAGUGAAUAGGCAUUUUCUACAGGACUUUAAGCACAAGUGAGCUUUGGCCCAGGUUCCUUGGUUGUGACCCGGGAUUUUGUCAGUGAACCGAGGUGCCGUGGCUAGAAAAAGGUUGAAAAACACUUCCUCCCACUUGUGGUAAUAGCAAAACCAACCAGCGGAUCCAACUAAUCCAGUCAGACGAGUGCUUGAGAGGGUGGAAAAUAAUGGCCAGGUUUUCACUGGGGCACUGCACGGGCCCCUCCGAUUCUCUCUCUGCUCAGCCCCCUUGGCUCAUUCACUCCUCAAACUCAGCCUGCGCUGGACUCUACACGUCAGUGUGACCCUCCACAAGCUCCUGGAAGAAGCUGCCGUGUAAAACCAGAAAGCUGCUGGUUAAACGAGAACAGAACACAGAAGCUCAUCCGUCUUCAACCCGCAUCAAUUCUCCCACAUGACACUCCUCUGCUCCCAUCACUGGCUCUGCAGUAAGUGUCAACAUUUGUUUACGAAAUCCGCUUCCUUGAGUUGGCUUACUGGAGCUAAAGAGCUUACACUGCUUCUUGCUCUGGGUUCAAACUCCCAUUGUGAUUUAGAGCACAUAUUACUACAGGUUUUGACGGCGGUUGCUCUCUCAAAGUGCAUCUGCAAGUUUAAAUGACGGAAGGAAAUAGGGAAGCCAGUGGAAAAGAGUCGAAAGUUGGGCAACAAAGCACUUUAUUUAGAGAGAGCCACAUGGCCAGGUGAGAUAAAAAUGUACACCUCCACUGUUGGAUCUAGCGGUAGCAUGGCAGAGGCUGGGAAAGGUUGAUGGAGGAAAGUGAAUGGAAGGCAAAGGUCUGCAGGGAGGCCGGGACCAGAUAAGAGAGCCGGCAGACAGACGCUGUUUGGUGUGGGCAAACACAUAAAAGCAUGCCAAGUGAGAUGACUUGCUCUGGAGAGAUUUAUGAGGUCGUGAUGUAUUGUCUAAGGCACAGUAGGAUGGUCUGGACAGGGAGGUGUGAAACGGAUGAAACACGCUACUGUGGGAUUAACUCAAGAAGACAGGGGCAGAACCACACGACAUGAUGCGCUUCAAUUAUUAUUAUUUAUUUAUCAGAGGAAAACUACUCUUUGAAUGUAACGCCCUAAGAAUGGUUUCCCAAAAGAAUCAUGACUGAACAGUGAGGAACGUCAGCUCAGAAAGUAACCUUUGGUCAAGUUAGUGCUCAGGAUUUUAGAUUAAAAAGUGCCAUCCCCACUUUCCAUCCCUCCCGUUUGGAAAUAUAACGUCGCAAUCUUUAAGGUUUUGUUAAGGAAGCAACAGGAGAGAUGUCGUCUAUAGCUCAGUUCACAACACAGGAGGCUCAAUGCUGCACACACAACGCGCUAAAGCCGCUCACCGCCAACCCGCCAUUCGACAAAAAUGUGUGAUAAUAAUGUGUGCAAACGUAACAUUUAGGAGUCGUUUUCACGUGACUGGUCGCUAGGCUAAUGGUUAGCGCAUAUCGGCAGGAAGUGACAGUGAGGUUUUAAAUGUAAUGCAUGGAACUGAUGAGGUCUUUUUAUCUCGAGAGUCGAAGAAUGAAGAGAAAAGAUAGAUGAAGAUGAUUCAACAUCGCCACGGCAUGUGAAGAGGAAGUACGAGUCGCUGGAAACAGCCGCCAUAAUAAAGCUGCUGCUGAAAGAUUAAACUGAUGCCGACAUGAAAAUAGACCUUCAGAGAGUCACGGCUUCAAAAGAGCCAGAUGGGUGACGCAACAUGCAGAAGGAGAAAUAAAUCAUGAAGCUUGUUAGUCUCACCCUCCUGAAAUGGACUCGCAACGCUCUGCUGACGCAUCAGACUGGGGCAGAACAGGCACUUCCUGAUCCAACGAUGAGCGCCAUGGAGGCUUGUUUUGACUUCAGUCCCCGUCACCAGGUGGCAGCGAGGCGUUUGGGAAGUUCUCCGGUUGAGCCUGAGCCGACUCUACAGGAGCAGCGUGCGGUAAAGGUCAGACACGAUGUUGGUGGGCAAGCUCAAACAGAGAAUCUGCUUUAAACUGUCAGUCAGUGUGUAGCACAGUGCGAGGCUUCAGCAGGUUCCGUUGAUCAAUCCAGCGCCCGAUUCACCACAGCCAGCAGGACACGGCAGAGACGCCAUGGAAAAAGAGGGCUUUCUGCUCUGCCUCACGACGAGCUCCAGAGGAGAUAGACGGCAGCUGUGGUGCCUGUAAACUAGCCUUUCAAAGGAAUGUUUUUGAAUGAGAUGCAGCGCUCCAAGAGGCAGGCGUCCCCUCCGAUAUCCAGCCAGUUGGGACUCAUUUUCAACGCAGCUGGAGGUCGGAACAAAUCGCUGCCAUGAACGUUGGAAAACUUAAAGCAAGUCCCGAGUCGUCUGGCUGUAAUGAGUCAUGAGUCGGUCGCUGAUGUCAUUUGAUGCGGAAGGUCACGAGGUCAGUGAGUGUCGGUGGAACCUUAACAAUGUUGGGACCUCGGAGGACGGACACAAAGCAACGUCUCGAGUCCUGUUUGAAUGGGAAGCACCGUGACAACCAAAUUUGUUUGGGCAAACUUGAGUACGCCUCUUGCUGAGUACCCACCACUGCGAGGGUAAGCAGACAGGAAGGACGGGACUACAGCGCCUCCUGUGGCAGCCAUUCAAGAAGGUGAGAAACUCAACACAACACGGACAGCAGUGCGUUGAAUGGUAACGCACAUCAUCGCAGCCAACUAUACGACAUUUGUGAUGCUCCCACUCAAUGUUAUAGCUGGGUUUAUUCCAUCGCUAAAAUUUCACACCUUUUUGAAAUGUGAUUAUUGCAGUCAGCUCAAUUGGACAGCAGGUGGCAGUAGCCUCCAAGAACUUCCUGGCAGAACACACACAAGACCCAGUCGGAGGAGAAGAGAUGGCAGCGACCAAAACAGACUUCACUUCUGGGAGACAAUGUUCGUCUCAUGCAAGUCGCCAGUGGUUGAAUCGCUGCGGAGCCACACACAAUUCACCCCAGAGAAACAACAACAACAACACCAACGUAGCUUGGCGCCAGCUCCCCAGAAACAAAUGCUGCAUCCAGUGUGACUCAGUCACAGUCAGAGCCGAGGUGGAGGUUUGAAGGAAAGAACCAUUAAACAGCUCCAUUCGAUCACUCAGCGGUGAGCAGGCCAUUACGUUUCUCUGCUGAUGGUGAAUCAAUAUUAGCUCCAGUUUCCCUCACAAAACUGAAUCAAGCCAGGGGGCUCAUUACAGCCUUAUAUUAUGCAGGUGCUGCGGCCAUUUACAGUUUCCAUCCUCAGUUGCAUGGAAAAAGCCCUGACAUGGCUGUGGUUUUUCUGACCGGAGACAUGCGCUGGACAUGUCAAUUUCUCUGUGGUCUCCAACCUUUGGGGACUUUUGACUCCAUUUUUGGGCGCCCUUCCACACCAUAGAUCUAUAGUGUAAUGACCAGAAGAAGUGCUGAAAAUAGCCCCGACGGUCACCACAAGACUGGACCAGCCCCUCACUGCUCGGACAGAAGAGCCCCAACUGUGAGGAUCAUGACUUCUUCAGUGCUGCCAAGUAUCUUUGAGGGAGGAUCAAACGCUUGGAUGAAAGUCUGACAAACACAGACAUGCUUGUUGACUCCGAUCAGGUCUGUGUCCAGCGGUUCCCCAGCAUCAUGCCUGAGGGGGGGCUUUGCAUGCUGAUCCCUGCUGCGCCCACCUGGCUCCUCACCAAGGAUGCUCACGCUCGUGCUGCUCUAAUAGCUCCGACGCCGAGGUUUCUCUCUCAGCCAGUCACCUUCUGGAACUUAGGUUGAGGGGAAUAUGUGAGCGUCUUCAGCGUUUAUACAACAUUGAUCAAGGUGCAUUCCCGAUAUUGUUCUUCGUCUCUGCCAUUUUUUUUUUCUUCCGCCGCGCUGCUCCUCCCAGAGACGCUGCCGGUUGCUAUUACUUUUCUCAGACCCAGGUGCCAGCAUUCCCACAUUAUUCUAGUGGGAAAUUUCUCCCAUUGAAAAUGAAUGGGAACAGGGCCGAAGCUGAAAAACAGGGCUAGAAAAAGCUCAAAACGCAGGCGCACGCGUCGUCGACGUGGAGCAGAGGAGAAAAAAAGGUUGUUUUUGCAUUUCUAAAUUGCGAUUGUGGCUAAACGGUGGGGUGCAGCCACAUGAAAAACACCAGCUUUAUAGCCACGCUUGUCCUCUCUCGUAAAAUGUGCUCAGAAUUACUGUAGCAUUUUUCAAAUUUGCGUGAGCGUGUCAAGCGCAGAUCUGCCCUCCAUUGAAAGUGCAUUGGUGAGGGGAGGCUGCUGCGCGAAAAUAGAGACAAAGUUACUCGUCUUCAACUCGCCAUCCUGGCCAACCGGUAAACUGUAGACACGUGAAAUUCAGCUCACUUACAGGCGUCGGGAUUCUCACGGUUUUUCAAAACGUUUGUUCAAAGCUUAAAACUCCGCUGCAGACCUCCACUCACAUCACGUGCAUGGUGGUGGCGCACGGUGCGUUCACAAGCUGUUUAUUCAUAAACAGCAGUGUCUACUUCAUGAGGACAUUUUCAAAGGUCAAGACGACAGAUAUCAUCUCCUCCAUUUCUCCAGCAACUGUGAGUCAACUCUCACGAAGAGCUGAGUCCAAGCUGGGGUGUUUUGCACCUCACAAACUCAGACCAUCCAAGUGCUGCACGCCAUGUCGCUCCCUUCAUUGCAGAGCGAGUGUUGGCCUUUAUCCCUGUCUGAAAUAUAGAUGAGGAGGAGGACAGCUGUUUUGGCCUAAGGUGUGAAGCAAUAUUGCUCAGUCAGGGCAACAGGUUUAUUGCACUCCUCCUGCAGUAAACUUGCUUUGAUCAUCUUGGCCAGGAAAACAGAAAACACAUUUCAGAGCCACGGGUUUUCACCCAAUUGACUGUGGAGGUCUGAGUUGGUUUUGACUUUAUGGAGGGGGAACUCAGAAGAUAAGUGCUAAGAGUGAGAGGUACACUUUCAAUAUUAGUGCGAGUUUUUGACACAUUACUGGCAGCUUCAAUGGCUGAAGAAGGCCGUCGCCUUCAUUGAAGUCGGUAUUUUUAACACAUAUGUGCAUUGUCAGUUUAGCCGAAGACUCAUCGGAGGCUCCUGCUUUCACCACAGCUCCUGACGGCGUGCAUUUUGGUGCUCCAUCAACUGUGUGUUUGGCAUAAUUUCAAGGCUCGGCGAGUUUCUCUCAUUGACUUUAUACGAUUUAAAUUCAGUAAACAUUCUAAAGUCGGCGAAAAAUGCUUCAGAGCAACAAGCGAAGCCACUUUUCUCCCUUCAUUAUGAAUACAUUAAUCACGCGACAACUGUGAAAGCCGGACAGAGAAGCUUCCAUUCCUUCCCCUUAAAGGUGUUUAUCUUCAGCUCGCUCCGCUGGAGCCGCCUUCACUCAUGUGCUGCUUUUCAUUUUCCUGUGUGAGCCGCCACCUGCGACUAGCAAAUAAACCAUGAGAAACGGCGAGGCUUUGUGUAUAUUCACGAGCACAGCUCCUCUAUUUAUGGACGAUACGAUCGUAAACAUUCACCUGAGGCAGAGUUCUCAAGGUCAUGUGACGUGGGCGGGGCUUUGCAGAGAUGCAGUGACUGGGAAAGUCCCACAGAAGGGUGAGCUCAGCCGUGUGUUCCCAUGAUCACAGGAGGUCACCGAGUCACAUUCAGACACUGACUAAUAUGCCUGCAGUUAAAUUGUCUUUUAAUGCUGGGAAAGUCCACAGAACGACCAUAAAUGAAUGUUACCAACCUGCAGGACUGAGAGCCCAACAGAUAAGAAGCAGGAACCUCUUGAGCCGCCAUAAAUUUGGAGUCGUUUGCUCCCACUGGCCAACACCCGGUGUCACCAGCCUCACAGACACGUGUGGAUUUUCUGGGGGUUCUUUUCUUGACCACACCUCAGUGAGUGAGGAGGGUGUCGCGAUGGCAGCUCUGCAGGGGUGAUUCUGCACGACAAUGUCCAGGUUGUCUCUUCCCAGCCUGUUUGUAAGACAACAGAAGACAAGCUUUUGUCCCAUGAUCCACUAAGAUAAUGGUGUAACUGUGCAUGGCACUUCCUCAGCAGGUCGUGGCACACGGCUGGAACCAGUCUACAGCCAACCACACGCCUGAACUAAAGACUCCUCACUGUUCUGCUGCUUUUCUACUCACUUAUAUCUUUACAAAUAGCAAAGAUGAACAUGAUCGGAAACAUUGGAAAACGAGAAUAAACGUCUGAACAUUCUGGGGAAAAAAAGCUUAUACACUUGAAGGAGGUGGAUUUGUCUGCGCAUCAAUAAAAAGGACCAAUGAUCAAUUUUUGCUUUGGAAACAGGUUAUAAUGCUACAUGAUGAAUGGACUGGACACCACGUCACACAUGGUCCCAAAAAUGGGAGUCGUGUCAGAGGGGAUGAAGAGUCAGACAGUCAGCUGGGUGUGUUUGUUUGGUGGCAUCAUCUCAUGGCACAAUCUCCUCUCAGUCAUCGCCAAAUAACGUAAUAGAAACAGCCGCACUUUCACUGAAACGCUAAAACAUUCCGAUGGGAUCCUGACUGAGCAAUUCAUGGAGCUUUAAUACAGUUUUUUUCCACUUCGAAAAGCAAGUAGAACAACUGUCGGUGCAUGAGCUUAUGAAUAGGGCCGUCGAUAGGUUCAAAAAAAUGAGUCGGCCAUAGAAAACCCACGAUUAAUCUGUGAUAUGGGUUCCAUUUCGUUGAGGCUAGAGGACCUGCAGCCGAUUUCACCAGCUGUCAGCUUCAAUGACAUGUUUCAAGUGGGUGGAAAGGACGGCGCAUGAAGAGCAGACGAGAGUGGAACGUUCAUGCUGCACCUCACAAUAGGCUUCAACAUUAGCCCAAUGAGUUUCCACAGACUGACCACUGCUGUGUGUUCACCUCUGGAGGAAGUCGUUUCUCCUCUGUGAGGACAAAGCACAACUACUGUCAUGUACACAAAACUACUGUCGUGUUAUAUCUGUGUGUGCGCGUUAUCCUAUUUUGCUGUGGUGGGAAAUAUUUUCUGAGCGCUGCUCCGUCUGUUAUUUGCUUGACUGUUUGGUCGGGUGUCACUGAGGCUGUCAGAAGCUCUCAUCACCUGGGUGUUUGAUGAUCUCAGCGUGGAGCAUUUGAUGCGUCCCACUCCAGUCUUCCCGCUUCCGUCUUCGACACUCAGCCUGGAUUGUAACUAUGACGACGCCAGUCGUGCUACAAGACCUCUUCUGGUUUUGGUGAGCGAAGUCUAGUCAAUCCACGUCAGGAGAAAUGUCUCUGCAGACGUUUUAACUGUUGUCGUCGCCGUCAUACGACAGGUUUGCCUCGGAAAACACGCGCGCUCCAUGUGACCCUGACACCUCAUGAAACUAGUCUGGGUUUUUCAUUCACUGACUGCAACAGAAACAGAGGCAGACUUUGGUCCCCAUUCUUUUUUUUUUUUACAUUGUCAAAUUCUAAGAGAAACCAGGCGACGAUCCUUUGAGGGGAUUGGCAUUGAAGGCUGCUCUUCUUUUCAAUUUCCAUGAAGCCAUUGAGCAUGUCUGUCCCUGCUAAAGGCUCUGUACGAUCGACUGCUCGCGGCACACAACAGACCAGCACAACCACUGUUCAUGAGCCUCAACCAGACACCUGGACCCACAUCUGAGCUUUUUAUUCACCGACUCCACUGUUGCAUGGCCAAGUGAAACGUAAACAGUGAAACAUGGGUGAUUGUCUGCGUCAUUCUGCCGUCUAUCUCAUGCCGACAUUUGAAGAUAUUCAGCGCAGGUCACACACGUUGACAUUUAUUGAAUCACUUCAAUGUGGCCAGUAUUACUCUGUAAAUAAAAGAGAAAGGGUUAAUGCAGUUAAUGUGGGAGAAACAGUGUGAGGAAGUGAUGGCGUCCUGGAAAGUGUUGACAUUUUCAGGGGCUCCAGCCUCAAAACAGGGCUCCCGUGGAGAAAAUGUCACUGUCUCUCCAUCAUCGUAAUGUUGAAAUAUUACAGUCCAACAUAUUCAUAUUUUUUCAAUUUAUCUCACGGCAGGAGGCUUUGUAAUGUUCGCCCUCUUGCAUUGUAUAAAAGCUGCAUAUGGCUGCAACCCCCAAGUCUGGCAGAUGGCCAUGAAAGGAAGCCCGCGUCCGUUAUUGACCCGCGGCGGGAGCACGACUCUUUCAUGAAAUGAUGAAGCCCUCCCUGAUGAAGAGGAGACUCGCGGCUGCCUUCAGAGUCAGGAUCACGACCAUCCACUUCUCCUGUCUCCUCUUUGAUGUCUAACUCACUCUAACUGAACGUCACCAGGCAAACACACGCUGCUAAAUAAUCUGGCAAACAAUAUGGGGUCAGUCGAAAUAGACCAUAUCCAUCUGUUGCCUUCAACAAAGGCCCCCCACUCUCAUGAGAGCGCCUCUUUCUUUGUGAGCAGGAGGAAAUGUCAUCUUCUCCCUGGACCUGAUCAUAUCUUCCAUUCAGCGCCGGGCCAGUAACACAGACGCCUGAAAGGUCUGGCCACUCCUGGCUCCUCUGACAGGUUUCUCUCUAGACUCUCAGUCAUGACUCAUGAGGCAGCAGUGUUGAGCCACCUGGUUCCUGCACCCACCAGUUCCUGAGCUCAGGGGACGCGUCUCCCUGGGGAGGAGGAUUGGUCGCGGGAUGCUAUUAGCACGGCAACGCACUGAUGACAUUUUCACCGCAGGAGGUACGAAGCAACUUCCGGCCUCAACACGUCGAGUGUCGGCUCAAGUACCGACUCGCGCGUCUG